AUGUUCACUUGUGAUAAAUGGCUUUCAUGCCCUCAUGCUAAGACCGCCGUUGGGAAGGAGAUAAGUAAAAUUGUUUUGGAAGAUUAUGCGUUUUGGUCUCAAUGCAAGCACAUAGUGAAAGUUAGUGAGCCUUUAGUUAGAGUACUUCGUCUUGUUGAUGGGGAUGAGAAACCUGCUAUGGGGUAUUUGUAUGAAGCAAUGGACAAAGCAAAAGAGGAAAUAAAAAGAAGGUUGAAGAACAAAGUUUCUUUGUAUGGACAUUAUGUUAGAGUUAUUGAUACUAGAUGGGACAAACAACUUCAUAGUCCUCUGCAUGCAGCAGGUUGCUUUCUUAACCCUGCAAUAUACUUUAGGCCUUCAUUUAAAAGGCAAAAUGAAGUUCAAAGAGGGUUGCUAAGCACUCUAAUGAGGUUGGUUCCCGAUCCUGACAUUCAAGACAAAAUAAGUUCACAACUUGAUGAGUACAAAAAAUCAAUUGGUGACUUUGGCACAUCACUAGCAAUCCGCCAACGAGAGAGACUAAAUCCAGUUUCAUGGUGGGAGCAGUUUGGACUUGGAGCUCCAGACUUACAAUCAUUUGCCAUUCGUGUGCUAAGUCAAUGUUGUAGUGCAACCGGUUGUGAGAGAAAUUGGAGCACAUUUGAGUAUGUUCACUCAAAGAAGAGAAAUAGAUUGGAACAUAAACGAGUAAAUGAUUUGGUCUUUGUCCAUUAUAAUUUGAGGCUUCGAGAAAGGAACAUUCAAAGGAAUAAAUAUGCAAUGGAUCCUAUAAGCUUGGAUAACAUUGACUUAAUGGGAGAUUGGGUGGCUGAAGAACCUACACUUCUUAAUCCAGAUGACAUAAAUUGGGAUUGCCUUAAUGAAGUGAAUGUGGAAGAGGAUGCUGAAUUUGAAACUAUUGAUGUUGAUGACAAUGAUGAUGAUGACAACAACAAUGAACAUGUCUUGACAAAUCUUCCAAUGGGUGCCAGUAGUUCUUGUGGAAGUUCUUUUGAUGAUGAAUUUGAUCCAUUUUUCAUGGAUGAUGAGGAGGAGGAGUAG